AUGAACAACUCCACAUCAUCCCAUCUUGAAAGUAUCCUUCUGGCGACCGUUGGCAUUCAAACAGUAGCGGUGUCCAUCUACGCCGUCUUCCUGGUGGUCGUUGUCGUUCUUAACGCACUGGCGGCAUUCUCCGUCUACACCGCAAAAAGCGACCACUCAGCGGCCUUUAGGGUCUACUUAUUGCAUCUGUUCGUUCUCAACAUCGCGGCCAGCCUCAUUAUCGUUCCCUUGGAUCUACUGAAUAUACUGCACACAACAUCCUUGACCUUUGGCCAGUGCGCAUUCUACACACUGUCUAAUUGGCUACUCUUCGCCGUUAUGGCUCAUUCCCAUCUUUUGAUUACGAUUAACCGAUUGCUGGCGGUGAUCCGUCCGUAUUUCUACCGGCGGAGUCAUAGUGUCCGCGCCGCCAUCAGUUCCUGCGCCCUAACAUGGAUGUAUGUGCUGUUGUGGCUACUGCCCUUGUUUGUCUACCGGAUGGCCAGCCACCCGGUUGACUGUCUCCUGGACAUCAUCGAUAUUCCAGCUGCCAUCAGCCGCUCCGUUGUAACAUGGGAAAUGAUGACCUUUGUUGCUGUUCUUUUCCUACCAGUCAUCGGCGUCAUGGUGCUGUAUCCCGUCAUUCAGUGGCGUCGGCAAGCCUUUUUGAGAGUGCGUCCCAUUACAGACAUGCUUAGUCAGGAUAGCGGCCGCUCGGAAGGGAGCGGUAUAAGCCACCGCCGGCGCGCAGUCAGUACACCGGAUCCACGGACUUUCCGCGUCCUGAUGGCGCUAACCGGCAGUCUAGCCUGUUUCUGGCUGCCGUCGCUAAUCUGGGAACUAGUCCAGCCGCUUGUGCAGCACAGCGCGGCCGCACAAGUAUUCGAUACGGUGAACGUAAUUUUUGAUGUUCUCUGGCUGGUGCAGGCCUUACUGGAUCCAGUCCUUCUUAUUUUCGCCUUCAGAGGUUCAAGGCGUAAUUUAUUGCGGUAA